AUGGCCACCAUCCAAGCGCGCACAACCUACCGCGCCCUCCUCCGCGAGCUCCCCCGCCGCAACAUCAACACCCCCUCCCCACUCCACCAGCGCCUCCGCGACACCUUCCGCUCCGUACCUGCUUCCACAAACGGAGCAUCCCCCUUCUCGAUCUCCACAACGCCAGAAGAACAAUCCCUGCGCGUCCAGGAAGCAGACCAGCUUGCUCAGUAUGCUCGCGCUCAGCGCACUUACUGUGAGCUCCUUGAGCGCUAUAAUCCUGGUAUGAGCAUGGAUGAGGAGGAGAAGAUUAGACUUACGGCUCGUCGGGUUGGAUUUGAUUUGCCUGAGUUGCAUGAGCCGGAGGUUAAGGAGAAUUGA